AUUCAAAAAUAACUCUUCUUACCCAGUUUUCCAAGCUAAACACGAAUCUGAACUCAAUUCCUGUGAUUUCUAAAGAUAUAAUAUCACUCUGAGAGUAGAGUCAGUGGUCACCGGAUAGGGUCACAUACAGUGUGGUCCAUGCUAACUUAGCACGCCUGUAUUUUCUCCUUGCAAUUUAGUGAUAAAAAACACAGUGAAUAUACCUUUUCACUUUUUGAAGUACACAUAACACUCGGAUUAAAAUCCGAGGUUUUCGCAUUUAUUUUUUUCUAAUGAUGAAAUUCACAACUCUCUAUUAUUGUUCGUUUAAUAAUUAUUCAAAAUACUUAAAAGUAUCAUCAUCACAUAUUAUAGCAAACAAUUUUUGUCAGAAUUUCCUUAUUAUGAUUCUAUAGUAAGAAUGAUCAAAUAAAAAACAUUAGUUUUAUUAUUAGCAAUAGAUAUAUGUGGAAUUAUGAGAAAAAAAUUAGCCGAGGACCGGAACUCAAUUCUAUAGUAAAAAAGUCAAUGACUUUAAAUACAUUUUUGUAUGAAUAAGAAGACAAUUCAAGGACGACGAUCCAAAAGAAAAAUAUUAGUUAUCGAGUAAAUAAAUAAUAAAAAAAGAACGAAUAAAUCCUUAAAUAUUUUUCUCUUGAUUGAGACCGAGAUUACGAGAAAAGAAUUUACCGGAAUCGAGACUAGUAGAAAGGGAGUUGCCGGAACUUAAUCGGAACCGGAUGCAAAACAGCUUGGUCCCGCGCAUCUUCAUUCAUUGUAUAUAGAAAGAAAGAUUCAUCAGCUUUUCUAUACGAUAUUGAAGUAGAACUAUGUCAUUACUUUUGUUAGUGGCUGUAAGUAGUUUAAUUCUAAAAAAAACACAAGAUAACAUCUAAUAUAUAUUAUUCAGUUAUAAUAUUAAUAAAUAAUUUUGAAGAAUUAAUAAUAAUAAAUAUAAUUCUGUUAGGAAAUCGUCUUCAUGUAAUUAAUUUAAGUCAACAAAGUGAUGCCGUUGAUUUACUUGGUGGUUAUAAACCAUUUGAUUCAGUAUUAUUAUUAAAACAAAUUUAUCGAGAUUUUUCAAUUGAACAAACAACAAAUGAUCAUAUUGAAGAAAUUCAAAAAUCAAUUCAAUCAAAACGAUAUAAAGAAGCUAUUAAAUUAAUGAUUAAAUAUACAGAUAAAAAUUCUCCAUUAAAAAAUCAACUUAUUAAAUUACGUGAAUCAUUUAAAGCAAAAAAUAAAUCUGCACUUAUUUUUCGAUUUGUUGAAGGUUCACUUGUUCAAGCAUUACGUAAUGGUGAUUGGAUUUUAUUAGAUGAAAUUAAUUUAGCUUCAUCAGAAACUCUUCAAUUACUUAGUGGAAUACUUGAAAGUGAACAAGGAACUAUUUGGCUUGCUGAACGAGGUGAUAAACAACCAAUUGUUCGUCAUGAAAAUUUUCGUUUAUUUGGUUGUAUGAAUCCUGCAUCAGAUGUUGGUAAACGAGAUAUUCCAAUUGGUAUUCGAAAUCGAUUUACGGAAUUAUUUGUUGAUGAAUGUGAUGAACGAUCGGAAUAUAUAAUUAUUGUUGAUAAAUAUCUUAAUCAAACAAAUAUACCAAAAGAAUAUAUUGAUCGUAUUGUUACAUUUUAUAUUGAUAUUCAAACUAAAGUUAAAAAUUUUCUAUUAACUUCAUCAUCAACUUCAACAAAUAGAAUAUCAAUUACUUAUAGUUUAAGAACUUUAUGUCGUGCAUUGAGAUAUGUUGCAACAACACAAUGGUCCGGAAAAUCAUAUUUUCGAGCUUUAUUUGAAGGUUUUUGUUUGAGUUUUUUUAGUCAAUUAGAUCGAUCUUAUUAUCAUGAUGUUCAAAAACUUAUUCAUCAAAUUAUAUUACAAGAAAAACCAUCAAUUGAAAGUUUAUUAAAAUCUAGUCAAAUGAUUGUUUCAAAAGAAAAUUCUAAAAAAUAUAUUGAAUUAAAAAAUUAUUUAAUUUUAAAAGGUGAUCAAACACUUUAUCAAAAUGAAAAUUAUAUAUUUACUGAAACUGUCAAUGAAAAUUUAAUAAAUAUAAUUCGUGUUUUAUCAGCUAAAUCUUAUCCAAUUCUUCUUCAAGGUGAAACAUCUGUUGGUAAAACUUCAUUAAUUAAUUGGUUAGCAUCAGCAACAGGAAAUAAAUGUUUACGUAUAAAUAAUCAUGAACAUACUGAUUUAUCGGAAUAUCUUGGUACAUAUACAUGUUCAUCAACAAAUGGACAAUUAAUAUUUCAAGAUGGUCCAUUAAUAAAAGCAAUGCGUUAUGGUUGGUGGAUAAUACUUGAUGAAUUAAAUUUAGCAUCAAGUGAUAUAUUAGAAGCAUUAAAUCGUUUAUUAGAUGAUAAUAGACAAUUAUAUUUAAGUGAAACAAAUGAAUUAAUAAAUGCCCAUGAACGUUUUCAAUUAUUUGCAACACAAAAUCCUGCUGGUGAACAAUAUGCUGGACGUAAACGUUUAUCACGUGCAUUUCGUAAUCGUUUUAUUGAAUUACAUUUUAAUAAUUUACCACAAAAUGAAUUAGAAAUAAUAAUUGAAAAAAAAUGUCAAUUACCUAAAACAUAUUCAAAAUUAUUAAUACAAACAAUGAUUGAUUUACAAAAAUAUCGUUCACAAAAAGGAAUUUUUUUUGGUAAAUCAAGUUUAAUUACAUUAAGAGAUUUAUUUCGUUGGGCACAACGUUAUACAUUAUAUAAAUAUUCAUGUGAUAAUUAUAAACAAUUUUUAGCUGAACAUGGUUAUUUAUUAUUAGCUGGUAGAUCAAGAAAUAAUGAUGAUAGAAUUUUUAUUAAAAAAAUUAUUGAAAAAUAUUUUUGUGAUAAAAAAAUUUCUAUUGAUGAACAAAUUUUAUUUGGUGAUCAAGGUAGUCCUUAUUCAACUAGACAAAUAUGGAUAUUAAUUAAAAAUAAUAAUCAAUUAAAACAUAUUGUUUGGACACAACCAUUAAGACGAUUAGCUAUUCUUUGUGCUUUAUCUAUACAAUUUGAUGAACCAGCUUUAUUAGUUGGAGAAACUGGAUGUGGUAAAACUACUGUAUGUGAAAUUCUUUCACAAAUAAAUCAACAAAAAUUAUUUACGAUUAAUUGUCAUACAACAACUGAAAGUGCUGAUUUUAUUGGUAGUAUACGUCCUGUUCGUCGUCAUGAUCAAAGUCAUACAUCUGAUGAAAAUCAAGGUUUAUUUGAAUGGCAAGAUGGUGCAUUAGUAUGUUCAAUGAAACAAGGUGGACUUUUUCUUAUUGAUGAAAUAUCAUUAGCUGAUGAUAGUGUUCUUGAACGAUUAAAUAGUGUUUUAGAACCUGAAAAAGAAUUAGUUUUAGCUGAAAAAGGUUAUAAUGAUGAUGAUCAACAUAUUGAUAUUAUUAAAGCACAUGAAAAAUUUCGUUUAAUUGCAACAAUGAAUCCUGGUGGAGAUUUUGGAAAAAAAGAACUUUCACCAGCAUUACGUAAUCGUUUUACAGAAAUUUGGUGUACACCAAGUGAAUCUAUUGACGAUUUAUAUUCAAUUAUAAUACAUAAUUUAAAAUUAAAUGAUGAAAAUCAACAAAAAGAAUGUACAAAAAUGAUGUGUGAUUUUAUUCAAUAUCUUCGAACUAUUUCAACAACAACAAAACGUAUUUUAAUAACUGUUCGAGAUAUUCUUAGUUGGAUAUUAUUUAUAAAUUUAAAUCCAGAAAAUUGGGAAUAUUCAUAUGAACAUGGUGCUUAUUUAGUAUUUAUUGAUGCUAUGGAUUCAUCAUCAACAUUAAAACCAUUAACAAUAGAUUAUUUAAUAAAUCAACAAAAACAAAAAAGAAUAUUAUCUGAAACAAUAAAUAUUAAAUCAAAUUUAUUAACAUUUGGUUCAUAUUCAAUAUUACGUGGUUCAUUUAUUUAUAAUGAUAAUGAAGAAUAUAGUUUUAAAGCACCAACAACAUUAUUAAAUGUUCAAAGACUUUUACGUGCAAUGCAAUUAACAAAUAAACCAAUAUUAAUUGAAGGUAGUCCUGGUGUUGGAAAAACAAGUUUAGUUAUUGCAUUAGCUAGAUUAGCUGGUUAUUCUUAUAUAAGAAUUAAUUUAUCAGAACAAACCGAUAUAAGUGAUUUAUUUGGAUCUGAUUUACCAGAUAUUGAAAGUGGAAAAGCUGGACAAUUUAAAUGGCAUGAUGGACCUUUAUUAACAGCAAUAAAAAAUAAUCAAUGGAUUAUUCUUGAUGAACUUAAUUUAGCAAAUCAAUCAGUAUUAGAAGGAUUAAAUGCAUGUUUAGAUCAUCGAGGUGAAAUUUAUAUACCAGAAUUAAAUCGAACAUUUUAUAUUCAUGAUAAAGAAACACAUAUACCAUUACGUAUAUUUGCUUGUCAAAAUCCUUAUGGACAAGUUAGUGGACGAAAAGGUUUACCUAAAUCAUUUUUAAAUCGUUUUACAAUAAUUUAUUUUUCAUUACUUGAAAGAAUUGAUUUAAAAAUAAUAUGUCAACAAUUAUAUGAAAAUAUUUCCGAAGAUAUUAUUGAUAAAAUGUUAAAUUUUAAUGAAAAACUUCAACAAGAAUUUAAUAAUAAUCAAUGGGAUUUUAAUUUACGUGAUUUAUUAAAAUGGUGUCAAAUGUUUGAUCAAAAUAAUCAAAAUAAAUAUAAAGCUUUUUAUUUAAUUUAUAUUAAACGUAUGAGAACUAAAAAAGAUCAAGAUCAUAUUAAACAAAUUUAUCAAGAAACAACUGGAUGGAAUAUUGAAUCAAUUGAAAUUGAUUUUAAAAUUGAUUCAAAAUUAUUACAGAUCGGUUCAAGAAAAUGGUCUCGUGAAUCUAUUCGUCUUCCAACAUUAUCAUUAACUCAUCCAAUAGUAUUAAUGCGUCAUCAAUUAGAANGGGUUAUAUAG